AAAACACUUCUGAUCAUUCCAGCCACACCGGCCGAUCGGAUCGCAUCUGAAUUCAACGGAGAGCGAUAUGUGGAGCUGUUCUUCAGAGUGCAUCUGAAGAGGAAAACUCUGUACUAUGGCCUGAAUUGGAUCAUACCAUCGAUUCUGAUCUCAAUCAGUAACGUUCUCGGCUUCACCAUGCCACCAGAGUGUGGUGAAAAGAUUACCUUACGUAAGUCAAAUCACGAAUCUUCUCUCCGUGACCGUGUUCCUCGGAAUGGUCUCCGAGAUCACUCCACCCACUUCGGAAUCGAUCCCUAUAAUCGCGGUAUUCUUCUCACUCUCAAUGCUCUUAUUGGGCUGCUCUAUCAUAGCGACGUUAGUCAUUAUCAAUGUUCACUUCCGAUCUCCAAGACUCAUCAAAUGGGGAAAUGGAUACAAUUAAUCUUCCUGGAAUGGUUACCGUGGUUUCUUCUGAUGUCACGUCCUGGAAAAAAAUUCACGCGGCGGCGGCAAAAGAGUCCUUCCGAAAAUGGAGAUGAGCCAUUCCGAAAAACUGCUGGCAAGCAUGUUGUGAUGAUAGACGACGAACAAAAUAGUCGAUUUCUGAAUGGAGGAAUUCCUGGCAUGGAAAAGGUCAAAGCACUGCGUCCUCACCUUAUUCGACGCUCGGAAACUUUUGCGGUGGACGACUCGAUCGAAAUGGGCAUACGCGAAAUUAUUGCUCUGCUGAAUGCCUUCAAGGAUCGGCUCGACGAGGAGGAUCGCGACUCUGACUUACAAGCUGAUUGGAAGUUCAUGGCGAUGGUCAUCGACCGGCUGUCGCUCUUCCUCUUCACAGUUCUCAUCGUCGCCACCACCUCUUUGAUAUUCCUCUCGACUCCACGACUCUUUGUCAAAUCGCCGGUCUACUAG